AGGUAUUCGUCUCAACAUUUAUUUGGCUUCACAACGAACGAAGGAGCAGUCUCUCUCAUCCUUGGUGCCGCUGGUGUACAGCGAACGAAGUGGUAGUUGCAGCCUCAUCCUUUUUGUGUUUGUCAUCAGUAAAAGUCUUGUUUGUCAAACUUGUGCGUGUGAAGAACCAUGUCUCGCUUCGCGUGCCCCAAGAUUUGUUUCGUCAAGCGGCGUUCCCUUAUUGCGGCUGUUUUUUUUCCGGGACGUGAGCUAACGAAAGCAGUCGGGCUUCUGUUGUCGAACCAGAAUGAGAAAAGUGACGGACCUCUGCUAUCGAAAAUAAAUGCGAAUAGACCCCCCGCAGCGGAGCAGACUGAAGCGCCGGAGCAGGCGGACCAGCAGGAUUUCUUGUUGCAAACAACUACAUUAACGGCACGGCCGCGCGAGAGGACCACACGGAGUCUGCUAGAAAGCAAGCAGCGAUUACUCUCGACAACGGCGCAAACACAAGAACGUAGCCGUGAGGUGCGUCAUAGCUUGUUAAAAAAUACAACAUCUGCGUCCUUCCUAGCAUCUGGCUCCGCUGCACGAGGGGAACGAGGACACUCAACAGCCCUUGCAGGAGGCGAACACUUUUCCUCUUCGAGCAGUACAACUGCGCAGCGCUGGAAAUGCCACCAUUGGUAUAACGCUCCAGCCGACGAGGCAGCAUCCUGUGCGUUGCAACCUGGCUUCGUUUUGCGGCAUUGGACCGCCCGUAUACCGGCUUCUUCUGCAAAAUGGUGGCGCACACAUCAGCCUGAUUCCAACGUAAAGAUAGUUGAGGCGCCUUGGUGGUACGGCCGCGACCAACGUGAUGCUACUUAUUUCAACCACGAGUUACUGUUUCCCUUUGACUUCACGGGGCGGAAGUACGAGGGAUGCACAAACGAAAAAAAUGUCAUGUGCUUGUGUUGUAAAUUCACGGGCGAUGAGAGUGACCCGGAGUACCCGAGGAAAAGAAACGGGCUGCUACUGUAUCCGCAGGUCCGAGACGGAAUUUCCAUAGACGUGGAGAGGGAGAAUGCUUUUGCCAGCUAUGCUAUGGAACAUGAGGUGCUAGAAGGUUCUGUUGCCCCGCGUAGCUGCUCGGUCGACACCUAUCCGACGGGUUUGUAUGAAACGGGAUCCGGAUAUGAAGUGAUUGGUGCGGACGACAAGCUGCCGGGCUUUCGGGAAGCCGCGCGAACGGAGGAGGGGAUGCAGAGUGCACACGUGCCGGCGGUAAUGCUGCUGGAGGUUCCGCUCUCCGGGUCCCGCACGACGGCGGGAGAAGCUGAGGGGCUCGUGGAUUUUGUAGAUCGCAGCGACCGGAAGCUCUGCGCACACAAGCAGGGAAAGGUCGUCACCUACGUGGACGGGGUGAAUUUAUUUCGGGACAAUGCUGCCGGCUGGGUGGACCUUGAAGGUGCGGAAGUAUCCAGCAACUUCACAAAGCUGCUGGAUUCGCUUCCCGAGGUCGAACAGGCUGGCGCGGAUGUUGGAAAGAACGUGAGAAAGCAGUGGCUCUACAACUACAUGGGAAGGCAGAAUUUCUGGUGCCCGCAAAAAAACGAGUCCAGCGACGAGGGGAGGAAGGCUGCGGCCUCGCACGCACGGCAAAAGUGCGCCCUCGCCUGCGCCCUUUUUCCCGCCGGCUAUCAACAUUCACUCCCCGGCAUCCCGGCCGCCACGUGCCGCGGUUGGGAGGUGUUUCGUUCGCGAAAUAGCAUCCGAGACACAGAGUUGCCGGCUGUCUUGCAUCACGAAGGCUGGCGAUGCCGGCUGUUCUCCAAGCCGCCCGACAGAGUGGAGCUCGUCGUGCACGAUGGAUUAAGGGAUGAUAAAAGGCCUGACGGUCGUGACUACAACCGGGAGCCGGAUACUACAGCGGUUGGCUUCCCUUGUGACGCCACUACCUGGAUAAUUACCGCUGGUGAAUACAAGGGCGAGGAGAAGAAUGGCCCCAACAAGGUGGACAUCAGCAAGGGCAGCAAAACGGAUAAGAAACGAAAGGACGGCCACACGGAUCAUCGUGUCGGGCAGGAGCAAAAGAAUUUCGCACCAUCGGCGGAUGGUGCAUUUUCGGAGGACGACCCUCGUCCGCUGCGUUCGCCCCGCCAGCGCGCCUGGAAGGAGUGCAACUUAGAGGAAGACGCACGACGCGGAGAGGCCUACCGGUUUGACAUGGUACGGAAGUCCUCGUGGCGGGAAGCCUGGGAAGGGGAGGAGCUUCUGUCGGGGAUUUCGCACAUCGUCCCGCUGGGUCCUGCAGCCGUACCCGUGCAGUGGAGGAACAUGUGGACGCGGUGGAGCAAGGCCGAGUGGAGGUACGAUAAAACGGUCGCGCAGUGGGAAGGACUUCUGGCCGAGAUGAAGAAAGAAGGAUCGCAGCUGGCGGAGCAGGUGGUAAGUAGAGAUGAACAAGAGCGGCCCGUCCACUUGCUUGCGAGUCAGACCUACGCUAUACUGGGGCCCCCCCAGGGUUUUUUUGCCUGCGAGCUGCUGUGUCGCAUCACCAGCGGCUGCCGAUCCUUCACACUGGAUGCCGACGCAGAGGUUCCUUACUGCCUCCUGCGCCCGUUUCCCCGGGACGUGAUCCGCUUUUAUGGCAAGGGAGUGGAGGACCUUCUUGCAGUCGAAGACAAGGCACAGACGGACAGGCACAUCUAUGAUACCCCUGUCUUCGAAAGACACACGGGUAGUUUGUCCUGCGGUGUCGACUUCCCACCGCCUUUUUUAACAACUAGCACAACGGCGCAGAGCAAUGGAAGUCGUGAGUCAGCUUCUGGGGGCGCGGACGGCGGGAACCUCCCAUGGGGUGAAACAACAGAGGCGCCGGCGGGAAAAGGAAAGGGAAAAGGAAAAGGAAAGGGAAAGAAUCAAAGUCACAAUCUUUAUAAUUUCUUGUUGCCAGCCUCUUCAAGCACGCUCGGGGAAAAGCAAAAUCAGACAGGCGGGGGUCGUGCAAAUCCAAGUUCAACGGAUCCAGCGUCGAAGUCACAUGUGCCAGAGGUAGACCACUCACACGAAAGCUGGGCGGCACCCGGUCCGACGUCGUUUGGCAGUCAUGGGGGCACUAGCACCGCCCUGCAUGUCCUGGCGGGUCUCUCCGGUUUCGCUUUAAUCAGCGCCGCUCUGGCGGUUGUGCAUUACUUUUACUACCAGCGUUGCCUUGAUGGAUACAAUGACAAUAGGGAACCUCCCAGAGUCGGCUCCUACGACGUUUCCGAACAGAGCGCCGACCGUGGGGGUCUGCGGCAGGCGGCGGCGCGUGGCGACCAAGAACAGGCGCGAAUUCGAGAGUGGGCGGUAUCAAAUGCAAAAGUGUCUGGGUCUGGGAGAUUGCGAGAUUCGUCAUGCUAGUCUGGCAUGACUCUGAACUCUGUGCUGCAUGGCCGCGAAGAGCUCCUCCUCCCUGUCAUGCAAAAACGCAGCUUGUGAUGCGGAGUACGCAACUCAGAACCAUGAAAAAAACUUGUCAUGCUUGGCAACGCAUCAUAGUGAGUUCACUAUUCCCUUUCUUGCAUCACAAGUUUCCAGACCCAGACAUAUUUGCAAUGCAUAGGCGGCGAUGUUCAACUACAAUCCGGAAAACCACCCGGACUCAUUGUACGCGGUGGUGAACCACAGCGGUCCGAUCAGCUACGACCUGUCUACGGCUUCGUGUCGGUCGAAUGACCGGCAGAUCCGAGAUCCAAAUGUCUUGUCCGCCGAGCAACCGGGGGAGGCCCCGGGGAUGCUGCAGAACGACCUCUCCACCUCCAUACUGUCCGGCGAACAGGGGCCGCACGUCGCUCCAAGGAUAUACCAAGCCCCUGUCCCGCCCGCGGUCCCGAAGCUCGGGUCCUAGUCCCCCAGGGCAAGUUGUAGCAACAAGCUAUUAGUGUAUUUGUGAAACUCAAACUUUCAUCGGAUACGCGCGGAAGAUUGUGUCAUCUCUCUCGUGUUUCUAGCGGUACUUCGAGAAAAAAACUAGCUUGACAGAGCCACUUUGAACCUGUACCUGAGAAAAACU